UGGCUGUAUUUCUCUUGUAGGUGUGUCAACCUGUAAAAUUAAGUCCUCCGAGAUGAUCUGGUGUAUUUUAAUUGUAGGGAUUCUACUUCCCCCAUCUUUGGCCCAUCCAGGCUUUUUUACUUCAAUUGGUCAGAUGACUGAUUUGAUCUAUACUGAGAAAGAUCUAGUGACUUCUCUGAAAGAUUAUAUUAAGGCAGAAGAGGACAAAUUAGAACAAAUAAAAAAAUGGGCAGAGAAGUUAGAUCGGCUAACCAGCACAGCGACAAAAGAUCCAGAAGGAUUUGUUGGGCAUCCUGUAAAUGCAUUCAAGUUAGUGAAACGUCUGAACACUGAGUGGAGUGAGUUGGAGAAUCUGGUCCUUAAGGAUAUGUCAGAUGGCUUUAUCUCUAACCUAACCAUUCAGAGACAGUACUUUCCUAAUGAUGAAGAUCAGGUUGGGGCAGCCAAAGCUCUGUUGCGUCUCCAGGACACCUACAAUUUGGACACAGAUACCAUUUCAAAGGGUAACCUUCCAGGAGUAAAACACAAAUCUUUUCUAACAGCCGAGGACUGCUUUGAGUUGGGCAAAGUGGCCUAUACAGAAGCAGAUUAUUAUCAUACAGAACUGUGGAUGGAACAGGCCCUAAGGCAGCUGGAUGAAGGCGAGGUUUCUACCAUAGAUAAAGUCUCUGUUCUAGAUUAUUUAAGUUAUGCAGUAUACCAGCAGGGAGACCUGGAUAAGGCACUUCUGCUCACAAAGAAACUUCUUGAACUAGAUCCUGAACAUCAGAGAGCUAAUGGUAACUUAAAAUAUUUUGAGUAUAUAAUGGCUAAAGAAAAAGAUACCAAUAAGUCUGCUUCAGAUGACCAAUCUGAUCAGAAAGCCACACCGAAGAAAAAAGGGGCCGCUGUGGAUUACCUGCCAGAGAGACAGAAGUACGAAAUGCUGUGCCGUGGGGAGGGUAUCAAAAUGACCCCUCGGAGACAAAAAAAACUCUUUUGUCGCUACCAUGAUGGAAACCGAAAUCCUAAAUUUAUUCUGGCUCCAGCCAAACAGGAGGAUGAAUGGGACAAGCCUCGUAUUAUUCGCUUCCAUGAUAUUAUUUCUGAUGCGGAAAUUGAAAUUGUCAAAGAUCUAGCAAAACCAAGGCUGAGGCGAGCCACCAUUUCAAACCCAAUAACAGGAGACUUGGAGACGGUACAUUACAGAAUUAGCAAAAGCUGAGCCGAGCUACAGUACAUGACCCUGAGA